AUGGCCUGGUUUCUCCUCCCCUUUGCAGUGAUCGACGCCCCCAGCCAGGUGGAUGUGCGCGACGUGACGGACUCCACAGCGCUGGUCACAUGGUCCCAGCCCGUGGCUCAGGUGCACGGGGUCAGCAUCUCCUACGGGCCCAGCUCCAGCCCCGCGGAUCGCAGCGUGGUGGAGCUGUCCUUCAGUGACACCCAGUACCACCUCGGAGGCCUCUCCCCCGACACCCAAUACGAGGUGUCUCUGUCGUCUCGCAUGGGCGAGCAGAGCAGCAUUCCUGUGUUCCAGUCUUUCCUUACAGACCUGGAUGCCCCCAAAGACCUGCAGACAGUGGAGCUGACGGACGAGAGCAUCACUCUUGAGUGGAAGAACAGCCAAGCUCCAGUGGAAAACUACCGCAUCAAGUACGGGCCUCUGUCAGGGGGGGAGCACGGAGAGCUGCUCUUCCCCCCCGGACCCCGGGACACCACCACAGCCAAGAUAACCGGCCUGAGACCUGGCACAGAGUACGGGAUGGGCGUAACCGCGGUGACGGAUGAGCGGGAGAGUCGGCCGACGACCACCAACGCAGUGACUGCACUGGAUGCUCCCAAGGAUCUGGCUGUUACGGAGGUGACGGAGAAAACCAUGAUGCUGCAGUGGAAACGCCCCCUGGCUAAGUUGGACUCCUUCAGACUGGUGUACGUGUCGGCUGACGGCCACAGGGCGGAGGACGUGCUGCCGGGCAGCUCCGAGUCCCACCUCCUGAGGGGCCUGACAGCCGGUAUGCUGUACACCGUCAGCAUCAUCGCUGAGAGGGGCCGCGGGACCAGUGCACCCAGUACCAUCUCAGCAGCCACAGAGGAGGAGAGGCCUGUGGUUGUCAAUGUCACCGUCAGCGAUGUGUCGUGGGACAGCUUCCUGCUGUCCUGGGCCACUGAGGACAGAAGGUUGGAGGGCUUUCUGAUCGAGGUUACAGAUGCAGAGACGGGCUCUGAGUGGCAAAACCACACGGUGUCCGCUGAUGCUCGCAGCAUCACCAUCUCUGGCCUCUCCUCGAGCACCUGGUACAGGGCCAAUCUGUACGGGGUGUACCGGGGGGCCCUGUUAGAGCCCGUCUUUGCAGACACCAUCACAGAGGCAGAGCCAGAGGUGCAGGCUCUCCUCGUGUCCGAUGUCGGCCCUGAGAGCUUUAAGCUGGCCUGGGUGGCUGAAGAGGACGCCUUCGACACCUUUGUCAUAAUGGUGAGCCAGGUCGAGCCAGGCCAACCCAGAGAGCUGGUGCUGGGGGGCGAUGAGCGGAGCACAAGCAUCACAGAUCUCACAGAGGACACCGAUUACGAAAUCCAAAUCUUUGGGCUCUUUUUGGGAAGACCCUCCAAGUCUGUAAUGGAGGGGGUGAUAACAGACCUGGGCUCACCCAAGGGUAUCCGCUUCUCUGAUGUCACUGACACGUCCGCCGCGGUUCACUGGGUGGUCCCCAGGGCUCGGGUGGACAGCUACAGGGUCACGUAUGUGCCGGCUCAUGGAGGUAAUGCUAAGACGCUGACCAUGGAAGGCUCUGAGGCUCACACUGUGCUGUCCAACCUGACGCCCGGGGUCACCUACGAGGUCACUGUGGUCUCUGUCAAGGGUCAAAGGGAGAGUGAGCCUGGAUCGGACAGCGUCACCACAGAUGGCGACUCCAGGGUCGGACAUGUUGGCGGGGACCAACGCAACGUGAGACGCCGGAGUCUUCCACCCCGUUCAGACAAGCGCGCGCCGCACACCAUCUGUUGGCGCUCCCUGCGUCGACUGGUCCCAUACUGUCCCGGCUGGGGAAUGAAACAGUCCCUCGCCUCC